GCGUGGUAACAUCUGCUCGUCUACAUCUGAUUAUUUUUACUAUUGAUUGCACGGUCCCCUUUUCAUCAUGGAGGCUUUCUUAUGAUUAGUGCAUUUUUACCUGGAUUCCCUAACAAAAUUUCUUUUCCAUCUUUAAAUAACAAUGGAGCAAAGCUAUCAACAGCUAGAAAUGAUGCCUGUCCUGUAUCAAGACAAACCGUUGAAGUUGUUGAUGACUGUCCUGACAGUGAGGAGAAAUGGAAGGAGGCUGCAGCGAGAAAGAACUGUGCAGCUUACGCCAGUCAAUGUGAUGAACCUCAGAGACUUGUGUACCACUGUGUCAUCAAUUCAUUUGCCAAUCAGACACUAGAAGUUUGCGCCUAUAGCAAAAUCAUAGUAUUAGGUGCCUGCACUGAGUAUAGUUUAAGUGGAAACAGGAUACAACAGAAUAAAAUAAACUGUUCUAACACUGGUUCAACACCAUGUCCAACUGGAUAUAAUUCAACCACUGCAUACAAAUAUCAUGUUUGCUACGAGAUGGCGAAAGAAAACAGAAGGAAAGAAGAACCAACAACAAAUAAGACUGAUACUUUUUCAAAAAUAAAUUCCACUCAAAAUGGGGAAUCAGAUGGAAAACGUCAAACGUCAGCAGAAGGCAUGUACGUGGCAAUUGGUUUAUGCAUCACAGCUAUUUUUGCGAUUUGGGAUAGUAAUGCUGUAUUAAUGGUUAAUUAGAAGAAAAGGUAACUUUGUCGUGUUAAGAUAAAUUAUUAAUCGCCACAAGAGUGUGGUCGGUCAUUUAUGUGGAAGUUUUAAACAGCUACAUGUAUGAGGUUCUGUUUAGUAAUUAUUGGAAUUAUAACAAAUAACAUUUAAAUAGUCUAUGUUCUAAAUUCAAAAUAUAAAUGAAUAAAACAAAAUUACCAUAAACUUGAGAAAGGCAUUUACCUUAACAUAGCUAUUCAUAAAUAAUGAUAAUUUUAAUUUCAUAAACUUUUCCCCUGAAAAUAAAAAAAAUCAUCAAACCAUUAUAAAUCAUAAAGAUCUAGUUUCAAGACACAGUUGAAAAAUAUGCUACUCAUAUCUCUACUCUUAUUUUUUUUAUAAAAAUUAUUGCAUGUAUCAAAUUAGCAAAAGGUAUACAACGAUAUAAAUCGCUCUUUUAAGUUUUUUCAAUUUUUUGACAUUUUGUAAGGAAUGUAUCAUAUAUAUGCUUGCUGUAAAUAUUGCUUAUUUUGUUUGCAAAUGUCGUCAUUUGAAUAAUUUUCUUAUUUGAUUGGCAAUGCGUAACAAUUACUCAAUAAUAAUUAUCAUUCAUUGAAAUACGUGAUUCCGAAGAAUGUUUGACACACGUCAUAUGCGAGUGUAUAAUUUGCUUCAUGUUGAAUUAAGAUCUUAUAGUACGUUUCAGGAUUUAUUUUUAUU